GAAGAAAAUCUUUUUGUUUUUUCCUUCAGCUCCGUUUUCCUCCGUGAACUUCAACCAGGAAGUCGAUGCUCCUCCCACCAAUGAGCGCGCGCCUCUGUUCUGUGAACACCAUUUGAUUGGCUGACAGCAGCAGAUCCGCGGCUUCCGGCAGCUGAUUGGCUGGGCAGAGCGCCACAGACUGGGACCACCCCCUCCUGGGAGGAGGUCUUCUUCUUCCAGAGGAAAAACGGUAGAAUCGAACCCGCGGCGGAAAAACGGCUCGACGCGGGCUUCCGCCGGUCAGACGGGACGUUUCAGCUCCGCUUCGGCUCAGCGCCCGAAGAGGACGAUGCUCUCCUGAAGCCACACCCCCACAGCCGUCAUGAACCACACCCCGAGCCCCCACCUGCCUGAGGGGGGGAAGGUGGCCGGAGGCGGUCUUCUGUGCAGUCUGGGUCUGGUUUCGGGUUCGGACCGCGGGGUCCGCUCCCCCGACAGCCUGGCCCACACCCCCAGCCCAACCGGAGAGACCCCCAGCUCCAGCCCCCCCCUGCUGCUGUCGCCGGGCCUGGGGAGCUUCGGGCUGGGCUCUCUGGGGGCCAUGAGCGAGGGGGCGGGGGCCGACUGGGAGAGCAGGGAGGAGCUGAGGCUGCGGGAGCUGGAGGAGGCGCGGGCGCGGGCGGCGCAGAUGGAGAAGACCAUGAGGUGGUGGUCCGACUGCACCGCCAACUGGAGGGAGAAGUGGAGCAAGGUCCGUGCCGAGCGGAACCGAGCGCGGGACGAGAUCCGGCAGCUGCGGCAGCGGCUGGACGCUCUCACCAAGGAGCUGAGCGGCGUGCGGCGGGAGCGGCAGGAGCUGUCCUCUGAGAACGACAGCCUGCGGCAGCAGGUGCUCCGCCUUACCGCCUCCCACCCCCACGCGGACAGCGGGCCAGACGGGGUCGGCGAGGCGCCGCCAGGAUCCCCCGAGGCAGAACCAGUAAGAGACGGGGACCUGGACGGACAAACGGCGAGUCAGCAAAAGGACCUGGAGCUGCUGGAGUCCGUGCUGCGAUCGGGGGUGAACCCCGCCGGCGCGCGCCCCCCCGCUGGUCCAAGCCGGCAGGAGCGCAAUCGGCAGCUGUGGGAGGAGGUGAGCGGCGCCGAGGAGGACCCUGGAAAACUGAAUGUGCUGCAGCUACGUCUGGACGAGUCCCAGAAGGUUCUGCUGAAAGAACGCGAAGACAAGCUGGCUCUGAGCAAGAACAUAGAAAAGCUGGAGGCUGAGCUCAGUCUGUGGAAGCUGAAGCACGAGGAACUCAGCAAGAGCAAGCAGGAGGUCCUGAAACAGCUGAACCUGCUGAAGGAAAUCCAUCAGGACGAGCUGGGCCGCAUGUCUGAGGAUCUGGAGGACGAGCUGGGGGCUCGGAGCAGCAUGGACAAGAAGCUGGCGGAGCUGCGAGCAGAGAUGGAGCGGUUGCAGGUGGAAAACGCGGCGGAGUGGGGCCGCCGUGAGCGUUUGGAGACGGAGAAGCUGGCUCUGGAGCGGGACAACAAGAAGCUGAGGGCUCAGGUGGAGGACCUGGAGGAGCAGCUGACCAAGAAGCGGCGGCAGGCCGCCUCCGCCCUCGACUCCGACCUGAAGGCCAUCCAGAGCGAGCUGUUUGAGAAGAACAAGGAACUCGCGGAUCUCCGUCAUGUCCACACGAAGCUGAAGAAGCAGUUCCAGGAGAAGACCACCGAGCUGGCCCACGCCAACCGGCGGGUGGAGAGCCAUGACGCCGAGGUGAAGAAGCUUCGUCUGCGGGUGGAGGAGCUGAAAAAGGAGCUGGGACAGGCGGAGGACGAGCUGGACGAGUCCCACAACCAGACCAGGAAGCUGCAGAGGUCUCUGGACGAGCAGGUGGAGCAGGCGGAGAACCUGCAGGUCCAGCUGGAACACCUCCAGUCCAGGCUGCGGCGGCAGCAGCCCAGCCCCGCCCUCUUUGGGAAGAUGAGAUCCGCUCGCUUCAGUCCAGAAAACCCAGCGGGGCAAGGCAGCGAUGAGGAGGAGGAGGAGCUACAGACGGCGUGAACUCUGACCCUUCUCCUGGAGGAGCUCUGCGGUGGGGUCAGAGGAACAGCCUCACCGCACAAACACUGCCACCUCCUGUGGGGGAGGGGCCGCGCCUCCGUCCUCUCCACCAGAAUCCGUCUUUUGUUCACCAGAACAAAAUCCAGUUCAGGGACCAACAGACUUUUCAGUUUUUGUUCAUCACCCGCUGAGCGAGAGCAAAGAGGCUGAAUGCUGAGCCGGCGUGUGACCGGCUAAGGUGCACUUAGCUAAAUGCUACAUUAGCUACAAAAAAGCGUCAUAAACGAUGAGUUUUCUGUUUUGUUUCUUUAUUUCAAUGGUGUUGAAAUCAAACAGACGCCUUUGAUUUUCUGUUCAAACAUUUGUGAACAUAAACCGUUGUUAUAGCAAUAAAUAGUCUGUUUUUCAUCAUCACUGUCGCUUAGCAACAAGCUUCACCAAUGCUGGAACGGGACCAAGACCUUUGUACCGACGGAGUCUGGAGUAUGACCGUAUUUAUGUGGCUGUGGACUGUUUUUGUACACGUGAAGAACAUGUUUAGCUUCGUGUUUUUGUAUCCGCUUCAUAAACUGAAGAAAGAAACGA